CGGACUGGAAGUAUCAGAAUCGUUACUUCGACCCUACGUCCAACAAUGGCACGUGCGUUACGUGGCUUACCGAGCAAUGACACGCCUUGGGUUUGGGAGGCUUGUGUCCCACACAGCACAAGCUGACCACGCUCAAUGUUUCGGAGAUGACCCGAAGUUCUCACAGGUGCACUAUCGUGGUUCUGGCUUCUUUGACCUGUUCACGUUGUGGGUCGGUGUGAUGGAUUGCGCCGCAGAUCUGCAGAGGAAGCAACCUGAGCAUUUCUUCCACGCUGUCAUCCACUACUCAGCCCUCGUCAACAACAAAGAGAAGACGUUCCGUCUACUCAUGAAGAAUCUCGGCUUGAAGUGGAGUCCAGAGGACCCCGGAGAAGACAAGGAUAAGAUCGAGAGAGCUUUGGUUGAGGACAGCCAAGCAGGAACCGUGCUGUCCGCAAAAGGCAGGAGGCCCGGUGAGAAGUGGGAACCGGACGUUUCGCCGCGCUGGGUGGGGCAGUGGGAACGAGAGUACUUUGAGGAAGUCUGUCGUCAUGCUGGGAACGAGAUCCCCGGGCCUGACUUUCUCCUUCCUGACACCAUAGUGUGAACUAGCAGUGGUCGGGAUUUUUUUCCGUCUGCUCAGAGAAUUGCAAUACGAACAAAGGAAGUGUAGUUUUGUUCUGUUGACUGGUAUAAGGGAUAAAACAGUAACUAUCUAUUGUAACAGUACUUACUAAUUGAAACGGGGCUCUUUUUAGCUUUGAAGUCGUAAGAUUUUACUGAAUUUGCUCUUAUUAUCUUUGUGAUCAUAUUUGUUUCAAAACGCAAUAGCAAAUUUAUCUGAGUAGCAUAUGCUCACAUUAGAUUGCAUUUUAAAUCAUAUCGUCGCCAGACAUGUCAUAGGGGCAAAAUUUGGACAUUUAGGUUAGGCAGAAAUAAUAAUGUUAUGGGCCUGGAAUUUUAUCGUUUGUUUCUUUUUGGUGGCACGGAAAUAAUUGAAAUUAUAUAUUGUACGUAUACAUGGUCUAAGAUACAUAAAAAAGGUCACAGACGACCGAAUACGGUGGAGAUUACAAUGGAAUAUGCAAAAGAAAUUGUCUUGAAUCGGUGAAUUCGGUACUAUUGCCAAUACC